CGGCGACCUGAACGCGGAUGCGAAGAAAGUGAAAUGAGAACAUAAACAAACAUUGCGAAGAAGUCAGUAAGAUUUUUUAUUCAAUUUUAAAGCAUUUAAGUGGAAUAUUUUUGCCAAAAUAUGAAUAACGUAAUUCAUAGUGAUGAUGAAGUUGUUUUAGAACAAAGUUUUGCUAGAAACACUCAGCCUGUUAUACAGAACGGUUACGCGGAAGGCCUUGCAGAUGGGCGUGAAACUAUCUACCAGAAGGACUUUGAUCGCGGAUAUCGGAUCGGUUUUACAAUGGCCUUUAAAUUGGCACAAUAUCAGGGAUUUGCUGCGGGGCUCCUAAAACAAUCGGACAAGGAAGAACUUGCCCGGAAUAUCGCGCAGGACUUGAUUCUAAGGCAGGAAUCAGCUCGAGCCCACUGCCUUCUGUGUAGCGACAAAACGAUGGAGCAGAAUUUGCUCGACGACGUUGAAGCUUCUCAGAAUAGUCAUAACGAAGGUAUUUUGAAAGUGCUAGAGGAACGUUAUAAGAUAUCGUAGAAGUAAUAGAAAUACAAUAGGUUGCUGUUAGAUGCAUGUUUAGUACUCUUUGAUCAUUUAUAUGGGUGAUAGUUAAGGUGACUAUAAAACGAAGCCAAGCUCUGAAUUUUCAAGUGCUCAAGACAGGAGAAUCUGACAACGGUUCGCGUUAAAAAUCAAUCAAACGGCUUGCUUGCUGGUUGUGACCAAUAGGAUAAAUUUUCAACGCAGAGCGCUGUUUGAUUCUCAAGUCUCGUGCUCUUGAAAAUUUGAAGUAUGGCUUCGUUCUAUAAUCACCUUAAAAUACAUUGAUUGUAAAAUUAUCUACAAAUAAUGAUCCGUGAACAUC